AUGUCCAGCAAGGAGUCAGUCGCAGAUGAGGUUUCUGAGCAAAAGCCACAAAAUGGUUGUCUGAGAUGUCUUAAGAACAAUCUCUUCAUGAUAACUAUAAUCGCGGGUGUGCUUGUUGGCUUCGCCAUCGGUUUUGGUCUCCGAGAAUUGCCAACUAUCAGUGAAGAUUUGAAAAUCUGGAUAGGUGAGUCGGAUAUUCUCUUCAAUAAAAUUACGGUUUAUUUUCUUCGAAGACAAGCAAUUUUGUGUUUUUAUACUGUAAAUGGCCUCACUUAAGACGGUUGGAUCAUUGGUUGAAUUUGCCUGUAAGGAAAAAGCGCAGAAACAUUUCCUCCAUUCAGACGCGCAGAGUUAGAGGUUUUGUGGCCAUUUUAUGCAUCUAUUCAGUCGCUGACCCAAUUAAGUUUAAUUCUCCGUAAACCUUCUGAAAUAUAGUUUUAGCUGGGCUGGAAAUCGAUGAGAAAGAAAUAAAAUGGGGUGAUAUUAUUAACAAUUAAAUUGUAAUGAGCUUUUUCACAAGACCAAAACGAACACUGGUCGUAGUUGAAAAAGGAGAGGAGAACUAUCGAACCCGAGCUACCGACUUAUGUUCGUAGAAACGGCGAUAGACACUCUCUUAAGAAAGAGAAACGGACAAGCGAACAAAUUUCUUGCUGACUUUUGACUGAAUUUUGCCCUCGUCACUACUUACUUACGGAGUAUUUUCUUUUGCUGUCCGGAUGAGAAUAUGUAUGUUCCAAAGUGAAAAUAUUUCAAGUGCGGUAAGCUUUGUUUAGUAGAACACUCAAAGAUAAAUUAAUUUUCCCUGAAAGAAAAACACGCUGAGAUACGUAACCAAAGUCCAGGACAGGUAAUAGCAAUGGAAAUUUCUCUAAUAUGUUGCGGUGUCCAUUUACGGAUAUUUUGUUUGUUAGAACUGCGUGGACACAUUUCCUGCAUAUUAAAAGGACAUUUACUUAAAGGAGCUGGACGAGCGAGCAAAAUGCGUAACGCUAAAGGCGUCCAAAGACUCCAAUAUAGAUUUCUGUCAUUACGUUUCCCGACUUAAGUCAUGUGCCGUAUAAUCCAGGGGAAGAUAAGUCAGUUGUCAUCAUCUUAGUAAUAGGUGACAUGCAGAUAUUACUAUAGUGUUUUGUUCAGUUAUUUUCAUGAAUCAAACAGGACUUAUCUUCAUUGAAAUAAUUUUUUCUGGACACACCUUUCAGAGUCAGCUUUACAAAUGUCCUUACGUGGCUAUGAAAGGAAAAGGCGAUGGAUGUUAGAAUUUAGGAAUGACUUUAAAGCAAAUGUCUAGUUUAUUAUGCAGGACGACGAGGGUCGGGGAUGUUUCCCAGAAAACGAGGCUAUAGCAUAAUUAACAAUUCAAACCCCCUCCCAAAAAACUUCAGUUAUCCGAAAAUUUAGUUAAUGUAAUUAUUUUUGGACAUGUAUCUGGCAAACAGCAGAAAAAAGAAUAGAGAAAAUGAUAAUGCAUAACUGACAAAAUUGCAAGACAGUCUUAAAAGUCAACUCACGUUAAGUAUUCUUUGCCAUUUGGAAGAAUUCGGUCGGUCUGCGUAAUGUAUCCAACACCGAUGAGCGAAGCGAAAAUGCAGCUGGAUGGCAAAUACGAGACCGACACAAUUUGCACACCCCAAGACCCCAUGUUUUAGUAGUGCAUGGCCGUUAGCAAACAAAAAACUUGCUACCAAGAGUAAAUGAAAUAAGUCAAUAAAUCAACACGGUCUCGCGAGAGGUUUUAAGGAAUCUGUGUCGUAGCGCCCACGGAUUGUCAUGGAGAUGCACAAGUUGUCUUUCAAACUAAGGAAUAGAAGGCAGACCUGAGCUACUUUUCAUAUUCGGGCUGGAAGGAUUCUCAGGCAACGAACCUUAGCAAGCAAUCCGCGCAGUUAGGUACCAAAAUAUAUAACUUCCUACGGUUUUUUAGUUCUUGUCAUUUAAAUAUCUAAAUCCCGAUGACGCAUUAUGUAGGUUGUCCUUCACUACAUAGCUACUAUCCUUUAUUCCUGUUUGUGAGUGCCUUUUUAAAUCACAUUGAGCGGCUUCUUAACUUUGGAGCUAUGAGAAAUCAUAAAAGCUGACAAUAAAUAGAGAGAAGAGAUGAAAUGUAUUAAAAUACUCAGUGGCUGUUUGCCUACAUGACCAGUUUUGCCAUGGAUCGAAAACGAAAUACAAUGGACAGCUCGAUCAUUUUUCUACCCAGAAUCUUCAGCGACGCCAGCAUUCCUUCCGGCAAUCAAGAUAGAUCAUUAAAAGGCAUUCACGGAUGACUUCGGCUGAAGUUAAAUGGGCGCCAGCCUGAAGCUCAGAAGUUGAGUCCUGGCUGACUGGGCGACUGAACUCAGUGUUAAAGCUUGGGCGUGUUAGGCUUAUGGUGUAACGUAAUCUAUUGUUGACUUAAAAUAAGCCAAAAUAAACUAUUCGAGUUUUUGCCUUUUGUCAGCGAUCCUUCUAAACUAUGAAUUACUUGAUAUAUGACAAUAAAAAUAUAAUCAAGCAGACCAAUCUCCGAUCCUAGAUGUUUCGUACUUUCUCAUUUAAAAGACUUGAAAUGCAUUCAAAAAUAGCAACCCCCAGUGAAUGCAGUUGAUCAGAUUUUCGCAAAGAAGACAUGCGCAUCUUUCCCAUACUCUAAUGGUGCCUAAAGAACUUAAUCACUUCCUCCGUUCUUUAGCAAUGCCUGGCGACAUCUACAUCCGGGUUCUGAAACUGACCAUUUUGCCGUUGAUUAUGUCAAAUGUGAUUGUUGGUGAGUAAUCAGGACCCAUGUCCUUGUUUAGCUGAUGAAAAAUAUUCCACUUAGCUUAACUUCAACUGAGAAAUUUAACUUUUCCAAAGCAGCUUUACUCACUAAUUCCCUUCAUGUUUCUUCAGUCAUUGCCAAAUUGGACCCAAAGGAAAACGGCAAAAUUAGUUUAGUUGCCUUCAUCUACAUUGUGAUUGCAAACAUUGUUGGAGCAGCUGUCGGGGCGGCCUGCACCGUAAUCAUUUCUCCAGGUAAGAACGUGGCGGGUUACCUUCAACUUAUUGAGCUGGAACAAAUACCCGAAUGUUAGAAUGAUUACGGUGAAUUUGACCUUUUUCUGCUUGUUCGAGUAAUCAGUUUUUUAGGACAUUACCAAUCUUUGAAGAAUUACUUUGUUGUAAAGAUAUUUGCAUGAGGAGCGACUAAAAUAGUGGCAAGAGAAAUCAUGAUACAGUUUCGAGUAUUCCCGGGCAUGGAGUUGAAAAGUAGCCACGAAGUAGAUAUAUCAGGCUCUUUCCUCUGUUGGUGCAGUCGGCGCCAGAAGCACGUGGGCUGCUGAAAAAUGUUUGUGAUGCCUAUUAUCAGUGAAGACCAAAGAAAGAAGCUUUAUCUUCGAAAAAACGUCUCAGACUUUACGGUUGAACACGUAGAGGGGAAGUUAAUUACGGCAGUAAUAAAAGGUUUUAUGCUCAUGUAAGAGCAGCCACGCGUUUCUUGGGUCAAUGUGGAAUAAAGCUUCCAUGGGACAUAUUUUAAAUUUUUCCUUGAUAGUUUAAUUGAGAAACACAUAAAGGCAUACUAAGACGCAUUGUGUAUACCAUGGGAGGUGCUUUCACUGAUCAAGUUACGAGGUAUGUUCCGCUCAUUGUUCCUUGGGGUUUACUCUAACGCCCUCACCAACGUUACCAAGGCGACCAAUGGCCGUACAGGGUGGAGUAUGGUCAAGGACAACAGACAGUCCGGCUUAUAAACCGUCCCCAGCCAGUCACAUCCUAUUCAAGGUUUUGCGAGACUUGGGGUCCAAACGCUGAAUUUUUGAUCAUUGAGCGUUAUUAGCUCCAUCGCUCUACCACUGAACCACGGACCCGUUGUUCUACUGGUUGCCUAAUGACCAAGAAAUCCGGGUUCGCAUUCCGGGUUCCGUAAAACCUGCAGUUGAAUGUGGACCUCUGAUUACGACUAAUGGUCCAGAGGAGACAAACGCAAUCUCUCUUGUCUUUGUCGGUACUCCUUCAUGUAUAUAUACGAGUACAACUCGAUUUUUCCGAAGAACCUCUUCCUUUGUCAUGUAUAUAUAUAUAUACAGAAUGGUAUUACUGACAAAAACAAGGGAGACCGGAAUGGCCACUUUUGGCUUUUUAACCAUCGUCAAUAAGCCCCCCACAUCCCCUAGGUGUACAAUACCUGGAAUUCGACCCGCCGCUGUAUGGCUGUUGGUUGGGCUCGAGAGAGAACCCUAAGACACAACUGGACGAGUGAGUUCCGAACACGAUUGGUGACUGUCUCCCUACGUGUACAUAUAUGUGCAUAUAAUUUAAUAUGCAAGCAGCUUCCUAAAAGUGCAACAGACCAGAUGCAGCCAACCGUUUCACGGUCGCUACCGACCAUCAGUAUGUCACAGGCCUUAUGAAGUGAGGUAUAUAGACAUGUCAAUUAGGUGUGCGACCCUCGCUGUUGUGUUUGGGAUCUCACUUGAAUCCCUUCUGUCCGGCCGACGGUCUGUUACUGACGACAACGAACGUUGUGCCAUAGGGCACAUGCAUGUUUGACCGUCGAUUCAUACGAUGUCCACCGUGUGCUACAUAGCAAGUUGCAGCAGGCACGGCGACUUGCGCGUUAAUUAGUUUAUUGUGAUAUUGGACUUGCACAGUAUCUACCGUACUCUUUAUCUCCCCCUCCCAACCUGGACUCGGUGUCAAGACAGAGUCGCGAAGACCGGAGGCGGGGGAGGACACAUACCACCUGUAAUAUCUAAGCAGCUCACAGUGCGGUUCACACAUUUACUUGGCAUGCAUAUAUACACAGUUGUCCAAUGUUGAUUGAUGGGUAUUCUCAGGUUUAGUUUGAUAGAAAAGAUAGAUACCGUCGCUAGUAAAACACGUUUCCUACGUUUUGUUAUGUCUUAGAAAGAAGUAGCGCUCAAAAGGUCCAUAAAUUUAAUUAACUGCUGCCAUCCAGUCCGCAGGGAAUUAAACUUUUUUUCGUGUUCAAACUUCAAAUGUCGGUUUGUGCAAGAAAAAAUACCCAUAUCCAAUUGAUAACUGAAACUAUGAUGCGGCAUUCUGCGACCCUUAUAGAUUUGCUGUCUAGGAAGAUAUUUAGUAUCAGUAUCAGUAUAUUUCAGGGAAAGUAGGUGUGUACCUUUGAAAUCCGUAUUGGUUACAUGCAGAGGAUAUAUAUGGAGGAAAUGGAAAGGAAGUAACAUGAAAGAAAUGCGAGGGGAAUAGCAAAAACUGUACAGAUGAACACAGAAUAUCAUGCGUUAACAGAGUUUAAAGGCACAUUAACUUGCUUUGUUGAUCAAAUACAGCGGACAGUUGAGGCACAUUUAAGCUACGGGAAAAAAAGUAAAAUUGUUUAGUCUACAGGCAUCGUGGUGAAUGCGAACAGCGGUGUGCGACGUGGCCCAAACUUAAUAAAUUACAUAAACAUAUAUUACUUAAAUGUUGGAGUUGCAUCGUUAUAACACUAAAUUGUCAGCGUUGGCCGUCAAGGUGGACGUAGUCCGGCGUUAUUGUGGUGCGCGCUACAAUGCUAAUCUAGUCUCCAUUUAAAAGUAUCUACCGAGCCCGACAUAACAACAUCCUCGGGCAAGGCAUUCCAAGCUGCAACCACUCUGUUGGAGAAGAACUUUCGGGUGUCUUGCCGGGCACCAGCCACACGCAGCUUGAGUAGAUGACCUCUCAGGUUAGUCGUAAUCGCGACUCGAAGAAGUCUCCAAACGCGAGGCAGCAGCCCUCAUUGCGCACGAUGCGGAAACCUUGUAUCAGGUCCCCACAUAGCUGUCUGUAACUCAAAGGAAGGAGGCCAAGAUUAGCUAAUCGUGUUUCGUAGGGUAGUGACCACUGCCCAGAUACAAGUUUCGUUGCUCGCCGUUGAACUUUUUCGAGUAUGCCCAAGUCUUUAGCGGUCCAGGGUCGCCAUGCCUGGAUAGCAAACUCCAGAUGCGGUCGCACAAAAGUUUGAAAGACCUUGGCGAAGCAGUCUUCAUCAAAGGAGGAGAACGCCCGUUUGACAAUGUACAGCAUGGACAUCGCCGACUUGGCUACCUUUGAGCAUUUCAGCGAAGGCUUAAGCGAGGUUGUGAUCCAUACACCCAAGUCCUUCUGGGCGUCGACUUCUUGCAGUGGUUUGCCAGUCAGACGGUAGACCGUGUGGUUAGGAGAACUGGUUCUGCCGACGCGUAGGAUGAAAGGCAGUGGACCAAGUCGCUGAAUUUCAAUACUUUGGAGGCAUUCUUUUUAGUGAGAUUAUUUUAAAUGAAAAGCCGAUAGCGUCAAGAUUUUGAGUUUAUGGGCUUAUAUUCGUCUAGAUCAAAUUACACCCUCUUGCUCAAUUGGAUAGCAACACGUUAUAAGGAUACAGUCAGCCUAUUGGGAAGUAUCUACAUCAAAAAACCUCCAGGUCGGACUUGUCCUAUCGCAAAUGCGGCGCUACCUGUUAAACCCAAAAUAGUCAGCGCUUUAAAGUCGUUUCGAUUGAGAGUGAAAAUGCUAUUUUUGUUUUUGCAAAAAGGUCGUCUAAAAUCAGACCAACAAAACCUUACAUCUGAUCCCACAAAAAAGAGUCCAACCACCUCGGAUGUCUUCGCCGAUCUUUUUUUGUGAGUCUGUUUUCAGCUGCAUUUAAUUUUUGCGUUUGUAAUAAGCAGUGGGCUGGAGUGUAUGUUAGUACAUUACACAAGGGGCAUAGUACAGACUUCGGCAAAAGCUAUCACAUGCUCACGCAUCCCAACAGCUCAGCCUUCAGAAACGAAAAGGUAGGCAGUUUGUAACUUAUUAUGUUGAAAACCUAUGUUUUGUUUGAGACGACAAAUAAACCAAUUUAAAAUACCUGCUGUAUGGAAAUUAGCAGGAAAGUUAUGACUUUCUUGGUAAAAACACAACGCUUCAUUUACGUCUCAACCCCAGGAGACUUUGCUCGCUGUUAGCCUUAGUUGGUCAGUGAGUAGAUAGUCGCGCCAAGUCGUCGAUUACGGCACUAGAAAAAAUGAGUUAUUACGUCCACACACUUGGUCCUGUAAGAAGUGCUCCCGAAACGGUUACUCUUUGUAGAGCCAACAAGUAAUAACUAUGAAGGUAUACCUACCACGUGGAAAAAAUAAUUAAGUCGUUAAUAUAUGGGAUGAGAAAACAUGCGUACUUUUCGGAGUUGUUAGAUAUAUAGGCGUGAAUUUAUCAAUGAACGCAAAUGACUGAAUAAUGGCAUCUCAAAUGAAAGAUUACCAAGAAAUUCAGCUAAAGUGCUGCUAAAAUCGUUUUUUCUUAAUUCCCGAAGGAGAAAAAUUCAAUAUUUCGAUUGUUACACUAAAUGUAAACCUACCCCCUUAUUACAAUGAGAGAAACUUCGAAAAUUGCCUUUUCUCCAUUCGUGAUAUAAUCUGUACGCAAAGAUUACAAACUUUGCGGAAAAAUUCAGGUUUUCUUUAGGCAUGUGGAAGGGAUCCCAGGUUCACCUGAUCCGCAAAAAGAAGAAAAUACAGUUCUACUUGAAUUUGAUGACCAUUUUAAUAAAAAAACAAUUGCUAUUUUGCUUACAGGAACGUUUUUCCAGACAACAUCGUUGGAAUCGCAAUUUUUCAGGUAAUGUUUGUAUGAAAAUCUUUUGAAAGAUAUGCUCCCUGUAUCUUCAUAUUUAUUUGUUGACGGCGGCUCCUUGAGUUUAAUUAGCUCGUCGUUGAUACUACUUGUGCUUGUAAUUUUCGAAAUUUGGCAGAAGUCAUCAACUUCAUUGGGAGUUCAUUAAAAGACACUAUGAUUGUGAAGAAUUUGAAGUGGUUGCAUUUUUGAGGUCGCUGUAUUGUUUUGAAAAGUUUAUUUCAAAGCGUGAUCUUUGGCAGGAUUUUACGCUAUAUUAUAGGCUAAGGUUCUUAUUGCUUACUUACGUCCUAUUUCAUGACGUUCCAAGAUGUUUGAACAAAAGACUAGGGCCAAGGGUUAUUCUCCUUAUUUGCAGAAAAUGCUAACUGACUUUCUCUUUUCUAGGUGGUGACUAGUUACAAACUAGUGGAAUUUAAUGAAACCGCAAAUCAAAGUGUUUUUAAGAGAGUUACGGCAAACGAAGAUGGCACGAACAUGAUUGGUAAGUUUGACCGUUUUUUCUAACUGAAGGACACUGUAAUUAGCUAAACGUGGAGUUCCGUUUUGAUACUGAAUUUCCUUUCAAGAAAUUCAGCGUCCUUAGACCUCAUUGUUUACAAGUAAUAUUCAUAACACAACUUCAGUCUAUGAAAAACCUUCUGGGCUGAAAAUAACCCUAAAGAAUAAGGACAAAUGUGUGAGUCUCCGGUUCCUGUUACAAAGAGGAUAAACAUGUGGUCGAAAGAAUGACGAUAAUAUUAUUCUGGACUUCCGGACUCGUACAGGAGCCAAUCCUUAAGGGCCAGAAAAUAACAAUAACAUAUGAAUAGUUUUGUAGUUUUAGAAAGCGUGAAGAGGGAGGUGGGUGUCCUCGACUGAGGCUGGUGUACGCUGUCCGAUCCGCCGUGAUCUAGUGGUGCGGUGACCGUGCGGGUCUUUGGCCAGAAACUGGACCCUGUUAUUUCACAGCGUGAGCGCAACAAGUUAUGGCAGCGGUAUAUAAAUGUGUCUAUUGAUGGGGUUGCUGUCGGAGAGUCAGUUCAAAAUGGUCUUCGCCUUGUGUCAUUACCGGCCUGCGAAGUUAACUUCGUGGUCUUCCUCCCGUGUGUGAGUAACAACUUAUAAGGGCGGGUGGCCUCUCCGAGCUGAGUCGUUGUGCCGUCUGGCCUGAGUACCAGCAAGGACAUUCGAGGCGUGCAAUAUAGCGAAUUGCAUCGGAUUGCCUACCUGUCUGCUCUAGAAGAGAAGCUACAUCAUGGGUAAGCUUCACAUGCUCAGACUUCGAGUGCGAAGAAAGAUUGGUGCUCGUAAGGAGUCACUAGUUGUUGAGGUGGGGUGGUUGACAAGCGUGAAGGUUCGUAAAUCACGUGUUGGAAACGAGAAAGUUAGACUGGGCAGGCUUUACUGAAACAAAAGAGCACAAUGGAAACUCAGCAAGAGGUUGCAGCCAGCCAUUGGGAUUCUUAGCCCCUAGCGCGUGAGUUCGCCCUUGCUCUGUCUGAAUUGUGUCCGCCUGCAGCAUAAUCAUGAAGGCCACGGCGCUGAUUGGCCAGUGUCAGGUCUCCGGCGGCUCCAGCAACGAAUUGGAGGGAUCACGCUAACGACCGUGAGGGCGGACUGCCACAGUACUUUAUCUCCAUGACUCUUACGAGAUCUGCCGGAUGAAGGACAGUGCCCACGCUAAACUGUGAAAUAACACUUUCUGUCGAUCACGCCUUAACCUCUAUAUACAGAAGAGGGGGGAAGACAAAAUGUGGUGGCUCACGCCCAUUUGUCCUCCGUGGACGCUCAGGGAGGAAGCGGCUGAUGAGGUUUCCUGGGUAGCUAUUCCCUUUUCAUUGGUCCUCUAGAUGCGUCUUCCUGUAUUCAUUUCCUCAGUGUCUUUUAUCCCUUCGAGGAGUUCGCUAGCACAGCCACGUUUGUGCGUCAUCAGCUGGUUGUUUUCAAUACUCCUUCUGUGUAUUCACUAAAGCGAAGGUCGUCAAAUUACUUGUUUGAGGGUCUCUGUGAAAGCCUAUUGGUUUGAGACCUUUCAUGGAUUUACGUGUGUGCCAUGAGAUACACAAUGCGUUGUACAGCUAGGUCUUACGAUCUUUUCAUGGGUAAGUGAUCCGUCAGAUCGGUGCACAGCUUUGCUUGAAGGUAGUGCCACUGCAUAUGCUUCGAUCGCUUACUCGCGGACUUGAGAGCCUGCUUAUUUCUUAGUUAACCUUCCCCGAAUUCCCUUAUAUUACGUACACCACCAGAUGCGCCGGGAAAUUCACAACUGGAUUAGCAAAAGAACCCCGUAAAAUAAGGUCUCAUUAAAGGCACUUAGCAUGUGAAAAAGGGUCUGUUCGAGGUCACACGCCAUAAUUAAAAAAAACUAAUUUGAGAUAAGCUCUUCAUCUACAGUGUAAACAGUGAUAACGAGAGCCACGUUUAUAAUUGUGAAAAGUUGAGGAUAUUCAUUCAUCAUUUCCUUCAUAUCUGACAAGGGGGACCGCUCUUGAAUAUUCGGUUCCAAGCACACCACACACCGAUACGCUGUUUUCUGCACCACUUGGCUUCGUCAGCAUAAUACUCGGGGCGUACAACACAGGCCAUCAUGGAGGCACUAAACAAAAAGCGGCCCGGACGUAUCACGUUUCACAAAACCUAACGAAAACCAUACGGACCUGGCCAGACUUGCUUUAAACACGAUUAGUUUUCUCAGAAGUCCUUAAGGCUUUUUCUAUUAUUUUAAAAUGAGUUGUUUGGGACUUACACACCCGCCGCAUACCAUAAAACAUCGGACAUUCAUUUGUGACUUUGAAGUCCCCCAGGGCUCAGUAAUUGCAUGUUUUCGCACUUUCAGGUGUCAUUUUCGUUGCUGUUGCUUUCGGUUUGGCGGCCAGCGGAGCUAAAGAAAAGGGCGAGGCCUUCCUGGAAUUCUGCGCUUCCAUUGCUGAUGUCGUGCUGAAGCUCAUUCGCGCCUUCCUCAAGUACAUUCUUCAGUCUCUUUUGUCGCUAAUUUAAGAUGCGCAAGCGCUUUUUAGACGUGAUGAAACACCAGCCUUACAAAACAGUGACCAUAGAAAGCUGAACUGGCCGCCGGUUUGCCCAUUGCUUUAUUGCAUCAUGGCGGUUUUCAUUAGAAUUUUAGGCAGAAACCCAGUUUCGAAGCAAGCUAGGCUCGCCGUAUGACCUGACCUCAUUAAUAAGUAUGAAAGUGGAGUGCACUUUUGUCGGUAUCAAGACCAUACUCAGUCAGUAUUUCAUAUUUGAAGAUAUAUGUAUGAAUUUCUGCGAGUAUCAAUAUGACUUGACGCAUACCGUCUAAAGAGACCAUAAAGUAUACUUUCAACACAUUUAUUUUCAAGGAUGUGUCAACGUAGCACAACCAGCACAUUCGUAAAGCCCUGGUUGACUAAACGUGUUUGCCGUACGCCUAAAUAUGGAUGAAAAGGCAGUGUCAUCCUUAAAAACUCGUUCUUGUCCUUUAUCCUGACCCUCAACCUUCAAAAUAGCCCUAUAAUUAAUUACUGCUACUCAAUCUAUUUAGAGCCACUCCGGUCGGUGUCUGUUUCAUGAUUGCCGGGGCCAUUAUCAAGGUUGACGACAUAGCAGGCACGUUUGCCAAACUUGGAUUAUUCAUUGCCACGGUCAUUGUUGGAAUCGCCGUCCUCUUCAUCCUUACAUUGAUCGUCUACGUCAUUGGGUCCCGCAAGAAUCCCUUCACAGUCAUCCCCCAUCUGAUGCAAGCCUGGUUCCUCGGUUUUGCCACGACCAGCGCGUGA